ACAAAAUGCGUCCAAAAACCUUAAAAUCCAACUAAAUUCCGAUGAUGGCCGGUCCGAAUCCGCCAAAACAACAGUCUUUGUCGUCCAACAACCACCGCAAAUCCCGUUGGGAAUCAUCCUCCACCGCAACCACCGGCCCUAAAUCCUCCUCCAAGCCCAGCCCUUCCACAAAGAAUGGCUCAUCUCCAAGCUCCGCCCCUCGAAACAAGUCACAGUCCGACCCAAAUCAGCCUCAUCCUCCCUUUCCCUUUCCCGAUCCUGCCGCCCUUGGCCCUCCACCUCCACCGUCGUAUGGAUUCCACAUGCUGGAGCGUCGGACAAUUGUCCUUUACGAUGGCAGCGUACGCUCCUAUUUUGCACUCCCGUCCGAUUAUCAGGACUUUCCGACCCGACCCAUAGUCGGACCUCGCGACUUCGGUAGCCCAAUGAUGAGCUUCCGCAAUAAUCGUGAUUAUUGGAAUUCGCCCGGUGACGGGCCUGGCACGUUAAAGAGAAAGUACGGCGAAGAAGGAAAAAAUCUCAGAGAGGAGAGAAAGGAGGAACAUGCGAUGCAAAGGUUCGGACAUGCCAAUGCAAAAGUCUACACUUUGGGGUCUGGAGGGCCAGACCUCCUAGCAGGAACGAGUGGCUCGCAUGAGGAAAUGAGGGCGGCCAAGUAUAUGAGAGUUGGUGAGGGGCUUCAAAACAGUAAUUUGGGGUUUAAUAAUAAGCAUUUGGAGGUUGAUCAAAGCGCUCUAAAGAAGGAGUUUUUGCACUUUGUGAAGGCAGUUUUUGAGAAUGCUGCCCAGAAAAAGAAUUACUUGGAGGAUGGGAAACAAGGGCGGCUUCAAUGCUUGGCUUGUGGCAAGUUUAAUGCCAAAUUUAGGUCCUCUAAAGAUUACUCUGAUAUGCAUGGUCUGAUAAUGCACACGUACUACUCAGAUAAUCCUGACUUGCGUGUGGAUCACUUAGGCUUACACAAGGCUCUAUGUGUACUAAUGGGAUGGAACCACUCAAAGCCUCCUGAUAAUUCAAAGGCCUAUCGGUUCUUACCUGCUGAUGAAGCAGCCUCAAACCAAGAGGAUUUGAUUAUGUGGCCUCCUAUGGUGAUAAUACAUAAUACUAUAACAGGAAAGGGGAAAGAUGGGCGCAUGGAAGGUAUGGGAAACAAAGCAAUGGAUAGCAAACUGAGAGACCUUGGAUUUGGAAGUGGCAAGUGCAAGUCCAUGUAUGGUAGAGAAGGUCAUUUGGGUAUUACAGUUGUCAAGUUUGCCAGUGAUCAGUCAGGCCUGAACGAUGCCAUCAAUCUUGCCGAAUACUUUGAGAAGGAAAACCGAGGUCGCAAGGCUUGGUCCCGUCUACAGCCAUCAACUUUAGGGAAGGAGGAGGAUGAUAAAAAUCCAAAUCUCGUGAAGGUGGAUGAGAGGACUGGAGAAAGAAAGAGGGUUUUUUACGGCUACCUCGGAACAGUUACCGAUAUGGAGAAGGUUGAUUUUGAAACACGGAACAAGGUCAUGAUCGAGAGUCGGAGAGAGCGUAAAGGAACCAGAUAGUUGCUUAUGGUCAAAGGUAAUGUAAUGUAUUCUGAAUUGUAGUUAUUUGAAAUUGGCAACUGGUACGUAGAUAUCUGAUAUUUUCCAUUUCAUGGUAUUGGAAAAUGAGUUUUAUUUCAUUGAUGAAA